UCAUUUAUUGCUCUGGUCUCUUAAAACAUUUAACAUCAGUAGCAGAUUUAAACAUAAAUAUAGUAUGCACUUAUAAGAGCUUGCUCUGUUAUACUAAAAAAAAUAGCGAAGUAGUAUGCCUUCACCGUAGGGGUAUUUUAACACUGAAUCACUUUUCUUUUUAGCUCCAUUUACAAUUAAAAUGUUCACUAAAGAUUAAAAAAUAACCAUUUAAAGUCAAAUGUUUAAUCCGAAUUACUGCUCUUUUUCCUAAACUCCAGGGCUACAGCAGUGGUCAUCAUAGGUAACCUCACUGAAUGAAAAAAAUGGCUACGUGAGAUGCGUUUGAAAGAUAAAUAAAGAUAAAUAAAGCUCAAUAAACACAUAUUUUAGAGUAAAUCUAAAAUAUUUCUACAGUCCGGUUUGUCUUUACGUUGGCGAAACUGUUUUGACCCUUCGGACUCGCCGUAUUAGUCGAAAGCGGACACCGUCAUGGCGCCUGUCAAAUCGAAACUUUAGAUGCGACAAACUUUCUCGGCGAAAUGUAUUUCGCUGGAUCGACAGCGAGUUCCAGGGCGCUUCAUUUCUAGCGCAUUAUGUCCGCAUCGGACGAAAUGAACACCACGUAAACAAUCAACACGGAGCUAUUUCUGCUGACUUUCACCCGUAGAAUAAUGAACCUCUAGAAGCUAACUGCAGCUAAGCUAACGUUAGCUACGCUUUCAACAAGUUGGCCAAUAGUUAACGUUAGCCAUUAACGUUUUACUUCUUUAAAAAGCUCGGGUUCGGCGGAUUUCAAAUGUCAACCCGGAUAUUAAACCGAUUCUAACUCUUUGACUAACUUUUUUUUUUUCCUGCGAAGAUGUGCCGUUUUCUACGCUACUGUGUCAGCCACUGCCUUCGCGCGACGCUGACCCGGGCCAGGGAGCUCAGCGGGGAGUUGGGCAUGCGCUCGUCCGCCCGGUGGCUCGGCUACCUGUCCCGGCUCGUCCUGCUGGUCGCCCUGAGCUUGGGGCUCUACGCCCGGUGGGAGAGGACCGCGCAGGCCGCUCCGCUGGUCGUCCUCGUUUCGACUCUGCUCUUCGCCGGCGCGGCGGGCGUAACGCACUUUUACUUCAGCGCGGAGCGGCUCAGCCUCCGUCUCCUCCACCUGCUGUUCGGCUUCCUGCUGGGGCUCCAGUGCCUGCUUGACGGCGCGGCUGCGCGGAGCGACGAGAAGGCGCGGGCGGCCGACUACCUGCUGGCGGCCAGCGCGGCACUGGGCGCGCUGUGCGCGCUGCUGGAGCGGCUGUUCGGGUGCGCCGCGUACCGCCCCGCCUUCCUCACCUCUGCGGAGGGCCUGGAGCUGCUCGGCUUCGCCGGCGCCGCGUGGCUCGCCGCGGAGCCGCCGAGCGUCACGGUGCUGGCGGCGGCGCUGGCCGCGCUCCUGGUGGCCCUGCGGAUGAAGGUGCUCCUGGCGCCGGCCAACCUGGUCUGCUUCGUUGUCGUCGCCGCCGUGUGGAUCUUCGAGCCGCCGAACAUCUCCGGCAACCCCGUGGCCCUCGCCUGCUUCUUCGCGCGGCUCGUGUGCGACCCGCUGCUGGAUUUCUACUUCAGCGGCCUGUCGGUGACCGAGCGGUGGCAGCCGCUGCUGGCGCGCAACGGCCCGUGGCGGAAGCUGUCUCUGCUGCCCCACGUGAUGCUGGAGGUGACCUUCGUCAUCGUGGCCGCUCUGGGGCUGAGAGACCUGGACCGGUGGUACCUGCGGAUCCCGGGCUUCGUGUUCUUCGGGUUCUCGUGGGCCGUGUACCAAAUGAUGUUCGUCCACACGGCGUGGAGCUUUCACACCAAGCUCAGUGAAUGCCAGAGGCUGUGCUUGUCCCAGGGGUCAGGGGUCAGCGGCCUGAACAAGGUUAUGGCCUCAAAGGGCAUGAGACUUUUCUGCCUCAUCGCCGAAGGCCCAGUAAAGAUCUUGAUGAUAUCAACUAUUGCUGUGGCGGCAAUUUGUUGGCAGGCCUCCAGCAGCCUCUUCCUCAGCAUCCUGCUGCUCGUCCUGCCUCUGCAGUCCCUGUUUCACGGGCUGUUCCACGAGCUGGGGGGCAACCUGGGAGGAACCAGCGUGGGCUACGCCGUGGUCAUCCCCACCUUCUUCUGCAGUCUGGACGGCCAGCCCACGCUGCUGCCCCCGGGCCAGGUGCAGGAGCUGAACGAGCGCUCCACGGGCAUGCUGAGCAGCGUGCAGCGCUUCUUCGCCCACCACGUCAUCGAGACCUUCGGCUGCGACUACUCCACCACCGGGGUGACGCGGGACGCCCUGCGGGCCAAGAUCCAGUCCCUCUUUGAGCUGCGCACGGCGGACGGACCUCGCUACGACACCUACGUCAUCUUCUACAGCGGCCACAGCCACCACUCCGGGGAGUGGGCCCUGGCGGGAGGAGACACCCUGGGCCUGGACCAGGUCCUGCAGUGGUGGAAGCAGACCAACGGCUGCUCCCGCUCGCGCCUCAUCUUUGUGCUCGACUGUAACCACUCGUCGCCGUGGGUGGAGGAGGCGAAGAGGGCGGAGGGCCUGUACGUGGCGGUGCAGGCGGCCACGCUCUCCCUGGUGACGGACGUGGAGCGGCCGGAGCCCCCGCAGCUCGGGGACUUCACCUCUCGGUGGGUGGAGUACAACUGCAACCCCAACAGCGGCAUCCAGUGGUCGGAGAGGGGCCGCUGCGUCUCGGCCACCUACGGCGUCUCCAGGCACUGGAGCGACUACGCGCUGCCGCUGCCGACAGGAAGCGACCUCGGCACCUACUGGAGGAUGCACUUCCCCCGGAUGGUGGGGGUCCUGGCCCCGGUGAGCUGGGGCCGGUCGGACGGUCUCGACGUGUGGGGGCUCUGCAGCCUCCCCCUGCGCUAUCUCAGGAGACUCAAACUCAACUGGUUUCCACCAGCCGUCCUGGACACGGGGCAAGGCUUCAAACUGGUCCGCUCAUAGAAAUGACUGUUUCAAAAGUCCGAGUUACUGGGACCAGCUUCUGGUUUGUUUACCGCCACCCAGCUUCUGAGGUGUCGGUGUCAAAUUUGAACUAUUUCUGAUUUUUAAUUCUUUCCCAAUGUUUCUAUUGAUGUGUGUUAAUUAGCAUCUAAUGAAAAAUUCCAAUGUGAGGGAUGAACGGGGGCAAUUGUUGCAUCAUAUUUACCGUUACAUUGAUUCCACCUUGACUUUGAGAACAUUUGUGCCUUUUAAUGUAAAAUCACCAAAGAACCUUUUAGUUUUACCUUUAACAAAAGUUGACAGUGGUACAGUUUCAGAGGAAGAUCUCAGGCAUUAAUCUUAAAGAAUAGAUUAUUUUCUAGAGGCUUGUUACAGCUCUUGUAUUUUGACCCUGAAAGGAUUCCUGUUACAGCCAGCUGCACCACGCGUGUCCCACUCCAAGCGUUGAGUAUAUUCAAUGCACUUUGUCGUCUUUUCUAAACAGCACACUGUGAUGCUUUUAAGUUCUGCAAUGAUCAGCUGUUUCAGGAAGUCCAAAGAAACUUUUAAACUGUACUGACGAUUGCACUAUACACAGCUACGUAUUUAUGUCAUAAUUAAAUCACACAAAGACUUUUCAGGUGAAAGAGGAUUGAAAUUAUGCAAUAAAGGAGAAGUGGGUCUUCGCUGCUAAAGUUGUUAAUUUCACUAUUACGUCUGGACAAUGGUCAGAGUAUAAAAUAAAUACCCACCUUUCAUAUUUUUAGACGUCACGGUAAUGUGGUAUUUUGAAAGUGUUGAAGGCAUUGAAUGGGAGUUAAGUGUGAAAUGUUUUUUCAGCCAAGAACCCGCUUUACAGCUGGAGGCGUUGUGUAAUAUAUAAUUAUAUAUUAUAUUAUAUAUAUAUAUUGACCUUACAUAUAUUUUUUUAUAAUUUUUUACCUAUUUAAAAAAAAUCAUCUUUUUUGACCCUACAUAUUUUGACUUUUUUCACAAUAUUUUUUUCCCAUGACAUGACUGGAAUGAUCUUAGAUGGAGCAACCUACACGUCCCUGUCACUAAUGCCAAAUGCCCUAAAUUUCUGUACUUUAAACCUUAUCUGGGUUCAACCCUCAAGGGACAUGGUGGCUCUUCCUAAAUCCUUUUUUAGUUUUGGGUAACUGACAUUUAUAAAAAAUCAUAAUGGGAUAUUGCCCCAGAGACGGAUUGGUGCAUCUUGGAGGAUCAACCAUGCUAUUCAUCCUUCCUGCAUUGGUAAAGGCACAAGUGAGUUGAAUUUGAAUGUAACAGAGAAUUGGAGGGUGGAUGCACUAAAAAGGGUAAACAAAUCUACACCCUGUGCCAGACUGUCAGUUUAAGGUUGUCCACAAGAUGCCCUGAAGUAGACAAACAUGUGAUUGUCUUGAAAAAGGCCCUCAGAGGCUGUAAUAAGUUUCAUGUCAGUGUGACCACUGAAUGAGACACAUCUGGCCUUCUCUCCCGUCAAAAAGGUGGAACCCUAUAGGCUACGUAGCAUGGCUAAUAAGUGCUAAAGCAAUUAACAUCAAGUCAAUUCAUCAACAUUCAAAAGAUUCUUCAUCAUUCCUGACAAUGCCAUCAUAACUCAAGUGAACGCGCCUUGUGUUUCUGCAUAACCCCCAGGGUUCACUUCUCUGAAACAACCAGUGGGGACAAUGCCCCCACUACUACCUCCGCGGUAGUGCGCUCAAGACUUGGCGGGUGGGAUUUGAACCCACUGGCGGUGCGCACAGAGGCUUUUGGCACCCUGCACUCACCCCUACACUACCAGUCCUGGUCACAUUUUGGCCACUUUGAUUCUCCUAUUUAAACUUGAGCAUGUGAGCUAAACCUCAAAACUCUUUUUAAAUGCUAUUUCUACAUCUGGGCUUGAACCCACAACCUUCAAGUGCAGUGCAGGGGGUUAUGUCAGCAGCUCUUCCGCUGCGCUACUUCACCACACACUAACCCACCCUUUGUUUGUUGUAUUUAACCUUGAGAUUGCUACUCAAACCUGAAGUAAAGCCAAAGGCUCAAACCCAAGACUGGGCUUGAACCCACAAACUUCAAAUGCAGCGCAGGCUUAUGGCUGCAGCUCUUCCGCUGUGCUAAUUCACCACACACUAAACACCCCUUUGUUUGUUGUAUUUAACCUUGAGACUGCUACUCAAACCUGAAGUAAAGCCAAAGGCUCAAACCCAAGACUGGGCUUGAACCCACAACCUUCAAAUGCAGUGCAGGCUUGUGGCAGGAGCUCUUCCGCUGCGCUAAUUCACCACACACUAACCAACCCUUUGUUUGUUGUAUUUAACCUUGAGACUGCUACUCAAACCUCAAAACUCUUUCAAAGCAGAAGUGAUGUCUGCAUGAAGGGGCAUGAACCCACAACCUCAGACAGCAGGUUGGAGCCUGGAGCCCUUCAGUUGUUCCCUUGUGCUAUUCAAGCACAUGCCUCAUUGUGUCCGUUUCUCAUAUUAGACCUUGGGAUUGUUUACUAAACCUCAAAACUGUUUCAAAGUUUACAGUUUGAAGACCUGACUGCAACCAAACCCUCCUUCUGAGAGAGCAGGUUUGAACUGUGGAUCCUCCACACUUCAGCCUUCCUGCUAUCCCCCUGCACUGUUCCACCACACACCUGUUGAUGCUUUUGAAUCCAACCUCAAUUCUCAUAGAUUCUCAGGCUGGAAUCCACAACCGUUCCAAACCGUUAUAAUAGAAUUGCAGGUCAAGUAAAGUCAUAUAAUGACAUUUCUAAUAAAGCCCUAGUUGAUUUCACUACUUUUAUGCUGUGAUCCUUAUUUCACUUUUUGUGUGCUGAUGCCCGCGUGUGAAUUGAGAGGAUCCAUACAGACUCCCCUAUGGAGCUAAACCAGUCUGAAGGUCCUCCUCAGCUGAGUGGAGAAUAAAUCCCGGAAGAAAUAAACACGUUUGACACACGGCACCUUGAGGAGAGAGAAUCAAAUCUCAAAUGUGGAUCAGGAAGUUCAGCUUUGAUUCCACUAGAGACACCAGAACUCACGAUGAUUCAGUGUCACUGUUUGUUUAAUUUAAAAUUAGGGCCGGGACUUUAGCGCGUUAAUUACGAUUAAUUAAUUACAAUGUGAAUUAAGAUUAAUUAAUUACACAAAAAAUAACACAUUAAACAUUUUUCAGGCUAUUUCUACACUUGUCUGCUGGAAUUGGUUGAACAAAAAUAAAAAUCCAUGUGAAAAAAAUUACUUCUCACUGUUCUCCGGUCAAAUAUUUAUGCAAUUAAAAUGCGAUUUAUUUCGAUCAAUUAAUUACAAAGCCUCUAAUUAAUUAGAUUAACAUUUUUAAUCGGGUCCCGGCCCUAGUUGAAAAUAAAUAAAUCCCUUUAUCAGCUUGAAUAUAAAUAUUUUUAAACUGACAUUUCUUUUGGGAACCACUGGUCUACUAAUACUCCAAAGU